AUGGACGUGGACAGCACCAUUUCCAGCGGGCGCUCCACGCCGGUGAUGAUGAACGGGCAGGGCGUGGCCGCGCCCGCCGCCAAGAGCAUCGCCUACACCUGCUGCUGGGACCAGUGCCACGCCUGCUUCAGCUCCAGCCCGGACCUGGCCGAGCACAUCCGCUCCCUGCACGUGGACGGCCAGCGAGGAGGGGUGCGUGCUGCUGCUGCCCUUGCCUGCUUCUCGCGCGCCGCUCGCUGUUCCUCGGGGGCGGGGGCCAACUCUCCGCUGCACAGUUCCGCUCUUGUAACUAGAGGCAGCAAGGUUAGCGGCCUGCCUUUAGGAGUGUACAUCAGCAGCACCAUCAUGGACGUGGACAGCACCAUUUCCAGCGGGCGCUCCACGCCGGUGAUGAUGAACGGGCAGGGCGUGGCCGCGCCCGCCGCCAAGAGCAUCGCCUACACCUGCUGCUGGGACCAGUGCCACGCCUGCUUCAGCUCCAGCCCGGACCUGGCCGAGCACAUCCGCUCCCUGCACGUGGACGGCCAGCGAGGAGGGGUGUUUGUUUGCUUGUGGAAAGGUUGCAAAGUAUAUAACACACCUUCAACAAGUCAAAGCUGGUUGCAGAGGCAUAUGCUGACACACAGUGGGGACAAACCUUUCAAGUGUGUAGUUGGUGGGUGCAACGCCAGCUUUGCAUCUCAGGGAGGACUUGCCCGUCAUGUGCCCACACACUUCAGCCAGCAGAACUCUUCAAAAGUUGCCAGCCAGCCAAAGGCCAAAGAGGAAUCUCCAUCUAAAGCUGGAAUGAAUAAAAGAAGAAAAUUGAAGAACAAGAGACGGCGAUCACUACCAAGACCUCAUGACUUUUUUGAUGCACAAACACUGGAUGCUAUAAGACAUCGAGCCAUCUGCUUUAAUCUCUCAGCACAUAUAGAAAGUUUAGGAAAAGGCCACAGUGUUGUAUUUCAUAGUACUGUAAUAGCUAAAAGAAAAGAAGACUCUGGCAAAAUAAAACUCUUGCUUCAUUGGACACCAGAGGACAUUCUGCCUGAUGUGUGGGUAAAUGAAAGUGAGCGACAUCAGUUAAAAACUAAAGUAGUUCAUUUAUCAAAACUACCAAAAGAUACUGCCUUGCUUCUGGACCCAAACAUUUACAGAACAAUGCCCCAGAAGAGGUUGAAGAGGUAAAAACCAAGCAAGUGGGGACACCUGCAGUCUUAGUCACUGACAAUGGAUUUAGAAAUAAAGUUGCACAUUAGUCAA